AUGGAGCAAGCGAUCCACGCAGGGCGCGAGCAGUACAGCCUGCUGGCCAGCAUGGUCCGCAGGCAGGAGCUCUUUGUCCCAAUGCUGGGCAUCUGGGUGGCUUCCUUCGGGGGCGCCCUGCACGCGCCGGUCACCACAUACUUUCAAGUUGAGGUAGGCGCUUCCACCGCCCAAAUCGGCAACUUCGGGAUCAUACGAACGACUGGUGUCCUGCUCGUGUCCCCAUUCUAUGGCUGGCUCUUAGACCGACGGUCGGCAUACCUCCCGGCAGUCCUCUCGGCCUUCUGCUGCACCUUCGGGUGCCUGAUCCAUGGCUUUGCAGCCGACGUGCUGGGCCUGUACGUGGCGAGUGUCAUCCUGGCCAUGGGUGCCGUGAACUUCUGGAACGUGGUCGGGGCAUACGUGGCUCUGGCGACGCCGCGGGAGCAGCGCCACGUCGUCGUCACGGGCUUCCAGGUCCAGGUGGCAUGCCUGAGACUGAUUGGCACUUCGCUCUACCCUGCGGUCGACUCCCUCCUGAAAUUCGCAGGAGUUGAGCACAAACUCUUGCGGUACAGGAUACACAUGAGCGAGUGCAGCAUCUUUUGCGUGUUCGCCUUCAUCUAUCUGGUCUUUCGAUUUCAGCCCGCAGCUUGGGUCGAGGAUGAGGACAGGAAGGGGGACCUCAAGAAGUCAGAGCAGCCUGCAAGGCAUUCACAGAUCAUCCUGCUUUUGGUGACGAGUGUCAUCCAGACCUUCGGCGAAACCGUCAUUACGGUGCUCUGGCCGCUUCACAUCCGCAAGCUUGGGCUGGGCUCGCAUGACUACGCCUGGUUGCAGCUGCUGUCGCAGCUCCUGAUCAUCCUGAGUACUUUGGGAUAUCCCCCGCUUACAAGGCUGCUGGGCCAUCGGCUGACGGCCAGCUCCUUGCCAAUGAUUGCUGGCGCCACCUCUGCACUGGCUUUUCUGCAGCCAGAUGCCUCUCUUUAUGGCCAGCUGGUGCACAUCUCGAACGUCUUGACUUUUCUGGCAGUGUGCGGGACCAUGAAGGUGUGCUACCAGCACCUGACCACACUUGCUGUGCCUGUUUCCCAGCAAGGGCGCGUUUUCUCAUUGCUGAAUGUGCUUGGAUCUGUCGGAAGUAUUGCUGGAAACUUUGUCGCGACGCGCUUCUCCGAGCAUGAGACAUCUUUUGCUGCCAAGGGCGCGACUCCCUUCCUCGUCACCUCCUCACUGUUCUGCACCAUUGGAUGCGCAGUGGUCGGCAUGCUGUGUGUGCCGUUGGAGGAGAGUACCAGUAGCACAAGCAAGAGAGCAGCGGUGCAUGCUGACAACCACCUGCAUGAGUGA